UGGAGAAAUCCCCAAAUGUUAUUAUUCUGCACCAAAUAUCAAAGAUACAUCAGUUGCAUCCUCGCCGAACGAGACCAUGAUUCCCAUGAUUCCCUGCACCUCAAACGUCAGAAUGUGACAGACUGGCUGCGAAUCUCCAGAAUGCUGCUGUGCGGACCCCUCAGCUAUGUCUUGCCCCCUCUCCUCCUCCUCUUCCUGCCAUUGGAUGAGUGCGCAGUGAUAGUAGAUGGGGCUAAGGUGCGGCCACACUCUCUCCCCUACAUGGCCUAUCUGAAUGGGUCGUCACUCUGUGGGGGGGCUCUGAUCAAUGCCACGUGGGUGCUGACAGCAGCUCACUGUAAGGGGGUGCAGAAGGUGCUGCUGGGAGUGCACUCCAUCUCUAAGGAUGACAGGGCAGGCUGGCAAAUGAGUGCAGUGCAUAAGAUUUUUCCUCACCCCCGUUAUGACCCCAAGAGCCACAACAAUGACAUCAUGCUGCUGAAGCUAAGUAAAAAGGUGGAGAAAACGAGCACAGUGUCAUUCCUCCCACUGCCUGCCUCGAGGAAGGAGCUUCAGGGUGGGGUGAAUUGCCUGGUGGCUGGAUGGGGGGCCACCAAAUACCAAGGCAGGAAGUCAGACGUCCUGCGUGCAGCCAACGUCACCGUCAUCGACAAUGCUGUGUGCAACUCGAAGAAGUACUACAACUCGAUGAUCACCGAGAACAUGCUGUGUGCCGGGUCUCAGGGCAGGAGGUACUCUGACUCCUGUCAGGGAGACUCUGGGGGGCCUCUCCUGUGCAAGGGGGUUCUCAGAGGCGUCGCAUCCUUUGGAAAGAAAUGCGGCAUAAGGACCAAACCCGGCGUGUACACAGCUGUCUCCGAGAAGUACAUCGAGUGGAUCAAGAAGACCAUCCACCGAGCAGAUGGCCUUCAGCCAUAGAUAUAAACACCAGCUUCCCCCGCGGCUCAAAAUCACUGCCUUUUAUAUGUGAAAUGCUUGUUGACAGAGCUAAAAUGUAUUCUUGUGCUUUUUCAUAUUAAAGGCCUGAUUUCUUCUCUGUUUUCUUCCAUUUUCAUUAAAACGGAAUAGUUUGCCCUCCUCCCCAUAACACUUUGUGUAAGUGUAGCAGUGAUCCUUCACUGUAUGUGUAAUGAUGAAAUUAUAUGCGUUUUAAAGGAGGAAGCUCAGAGACACACUGGUCAGCAGUGUGACCUCACACAGUUUCCCCAACUCUGUGGCGUGUGGAGCAUCCGUGUUCUCCCCAUCUUUCAUGGUUUUCCUCUGUUGCCUACCUGCAAUGGACAGGCGCCUCAUCCAGGGCAUCCGCUGCCAUGGAUAAAUGGUUGGAAGGUUGGAUGGAUGGAUGGAUGGAUGGAUGGAUGAAUUUUGAAUUUAACAUAUUUUGUAUCUAGAUUUCUGGGGUCAUGUGUGAGGCGAGAGACAAAAUACCUUGUAACCAGCAAAGAAAAUAUUAUACUAUUAUGAAAUAUUAUAACGUCACAGUGAUAAUGCAUGAAAAGAGGGUUGUCACCAAAAAAGCUUUAUUCUGCAGAUAAAUAUUUCCUGUUAAAUAC